UUAAAUGUUAGAUUCACUAUGCAGUAAUAUAAUUCAGAAUAGUAAUAUAAUUUUCUCUUUAAUACUAAAAUUAUAGUACUCAGAAAUUUUGAACCACCUGCUUAAAAGAUGAGUCUAUACUUCGUCACUUAUCAUGCAGAUGGCGCUCACAACUCCCUCUAUUUACUUUCAUUUUGUGAUUCUUUCUUGAGCGAUUUCUUUUCGGAUCGUUUGUUCUUAACAAAAAUAUAAUUGCUCAAGUUUUUAAGUAAUAAUUAUUGCGUUACUUUGAUAUUUCAUCGCCAUGAGUAAACGUAUACGGUCAGUAAAUUGUUGUAAUCCAUUCAAUGAGUCACAUAAAAAAGGAGUUAAAGAUUUAAGAAAAUUUCCCGACGAAGAUCGUUGGAAAUUUCCUGACUUAGAUGACACUUCAAUGUUAUGUGUGCGUUGUCGAUUCCGUGUCAAAGAAUAUAUUCCGCCGGCAUCAGAGGAAGAGGAAAUUAUUUCAAGUCAAAUUAGUGUUGAAAGUCUGAGUAUAUCAGCUGAAAUUUGUACUCAAGGAAGCAGUUUAUCUCGAACUGUCAGUAAUUUUAGCGAUAAUCUAUGUGAUUACAAUGAUCAUUCUUUAGAGCGAUUUUUGAAAAUUCCUCUUAUUGAAAAAGACAGGUUAUAUUCUGAAAAAAAUUAUGGAGUAAAAAAACUUGAUGAGAGCUAUGCUGCCCUAGAGAAUAAGUUCCAAUCACAAUUUGGAAUAGUACCUGAAUCUACCUACAGAAAGAUUAAUCAAGAUCAUUGUUCCAUGAUAGCUGAAGUCAGUCGUAUAGCAUCUGAAUUUAACUGUUCUCGAAAAAUGGUACUGAAUCUUAAAAAUGAUAUCAGUGAAUCUGAGAAUGUUGAUUUAGACUCUGGUGAAAUGACUACUAAUACUUUGAAUCCCACAAAAGUUCCAGGCAAUCAGCCGCUUAAGUAAGAUGUAAAAAAACUUGUCAUUGAUUUUUAUGAAAGCGAAGAAAACUCAAAACAAUUAGCGGGCAUGAAAGAUUUUAAAUCUGUGAAGGAUUGUGAUGGAAAUCGAACUAGGGUACAAAAAAAGUUGAUUCUUUGUAAUUUAAAAGAAUUGUACCAAAGCUUCAAAGCGCAAUAUAAUUCAGUGGCAAUCGGAUUUUCUAAAUUCGCUAGUUUGAGGCCUACUUAUUGUAUUCUUGCUGGAAGUAGUGGUACACAUGUCGUAUGUGUUUGUACUAUUCAUCAAAAUGUACAAUUGAUGUUAGAAGGAUGUAAUUUUCCAAAAUUUGCGAAAAACACCGAUUGGGUUGUAGAAUCUCAGCCAAUUUACAAAAAUUCAUUAAAUAAAUUAGUUUGUAACAA